ACACCCUCUGCUGGUCGGUGCCCCGUCCCCCAUGCCGUCCAUAGUCAUGACAGGUGGUGCGACAGGCGUUGGCGCCCGAGCCAUCCGAGCGCUUGUCUCCCAAGGCAUCAAGGCAAAGAUCCAUUUCACUUACAACCGCUCUUCGCCCGAUGCCCUGCUGUUCUGCGAGACGGACGAGACCUCUUUGCAUGCACAUCAGCUCGACCUAGCUCAGCUCACAAGCGUGCGAAGCUGGGCGAGCGCGCUGCAACGUGACUUGGCCUCCAUUGACGUACUCGUAUUGAACGCCGCUAUCAUCAAUCAGCAGCGCAAGCAAGGCAUACUGGGCUAUGUUGAAGAAGUGCUCGUCAAUCAUCUCUCGCAGCAUUAUCUCAUUCAGCUCCUACGACCAUUACUUUCUAAAGGCUCGCGCAUCGUCUUUGUCGGCUCAGAGCUGCACCGAAAAGCGCUGAAUCAAGAUCUGAACGAGCAGGUGCGUUUUGACUCGACAGUGGCACACGACAGCACUGCGUCAUACGCAACGACGAAAGCGCUCCUCAUGCUAUCUGCUCAAUACUGGCAUCGUACGCUCGCAGCCGACGGAAUCCAAGUUUGCGCAGUCUCGCCGGGCUUUGUCCCAUCGACCGGUCUCUCACGCAAUGCUAGCUGGCCAGCAAGAGUGGCGAUGAAAUGGCUCAUUCAUUAUGCACCAUUCGCCAAGACGGAGGAGCAAGGUGGUGCGCUCAUCGCGCGAGCAAUGACCGCGCCGUUACCCGCGAGCCAGAAACUGGUCUACUUCCAGCACACGGGUACCGAGCGAGGCUUGGACGAGCGCACGGAAGACAGAGUGUUGCAGGAGAAAUGGCGUCUUAGCAAAAUUGCGCCUGCUGUACUGGACAAACCGCUUUCAACAUCACACCAGUUUGACGCCCACGCUCACACAGCAGUCCGGAUGGUCUCGAUGGGUCCCAGCACUGUACAUUUCUUGCCUGCUGGUCAGGACAACAGUCCUUCAGACUACCAUGGUGGUGCCAAUCCGUCCCAAGCCAAACCUUUGGCCGGUCUACUCAGCUUGCCUAACGAGCUCCUGUUCGACAUUGCUCAGCGUGUCGGCCAAGACAGCGUCAGUGACGUGAUCUCUCUUUCCAAGAUCAACAAGAAGCUCUGCAGCAUCGUCGAUGAGCAUCUGUGUCGGACCGUCAUCGGCGAGCGCAAAUCAACUGACCGUGGUAACACUGCGCUUCAGAUCGCUCAUCAUCGUGCAAAGUAUUCCUGCGUCGGAUGUCACAAGCACAGCGCAUGCAUCAAGCACGUCGCCAUCGAUCCGGCUCAUCCAGAAGAAGGCCGACUCCCGAUCUGCUGUUGGUGCUACGACAGCGCUGUUUCGCCUCUUCGCAAUCAGUGCCAUCCUGUCCGGCCCAACAACGAGACCGAAAAGAGAGCAGCCGCUUGGAGGAAGCAGAUGGAGCUUCGUCGCGGAUAUCCUCGACUCUUCGGCGCUUCGUGGCUGCCCAUCGAUCAGCUUCCGCCCUGGACUACCCACGAAUUCAUCAAUAUGGUCGUCGCGUUCAUUCAUCCAGAGUGUAUGACGUACAAGACUAUGCAAAGCUACGAAUGCCAGUUCGCAUGAUUCACUCAUCUUCGCGCUGCUGACAGCACUUGACAGUUGCAAAGCUAUUCCUGCAGUCGUCACCGUGUUCUCUUUGAUUGAAUAUCGCUCACGUGUGCGCACGAACACAGUCCCAGUGGCGCAAACGCGAUUCUUGUUCCAGCGAAUGCAUUCCAUUCGUUUCACAGCAC